UCGCUCCGUCUCUUUCGCUCCCUUCCCGACGAGUCGAAAGCUGGCUGUCAUUUCGCGCAGUGGAAAAAUUUCGUGGUUAUGUUCAUCUAAAUAAAGGAAGAAAAAAACACAACCAGUGACCGAAAGUGGCAAAAGUCGAUCGCCGUACCGUGGGAGCUCGAAACUUCACAAGUGGCCGGAAGGGACUCGGCCCGGAUCGUCGGAACCUGUUCCAAGGCUCGAAAAACGUGGUGAUGUAACGUCAUUCGUGUUAGUGAGGCGCUCUCGCAAAAACAACACCAAGAAAAAGAAGUGUUCGCUCUGGCUGCUGCUCGGUUCGUUUUGUACGUUUCAGAGGGGCCUCUUUUGCCUGCUCAAGUCUGUGCGGCUCCUUUUUUCCAUCGAUUCGCCGUCUCCUCUAAUAUGGCGCAGUAAAUUCUUAGCGCGGUGAUUUUGCGAUUUUUUCACGCUCAAAACCUCAACCGCCAUGGACCACACGACGUUCACGAUAUGGGAUCCAACGCAGCCGAACGCCAAGAUGAAGAUCAUCAACAUUGCCGGCGAGGCGUCUCAAUCUCAGUACAUAGAAACUGUCACCACGGCCUCAGCCCAAACCGAACAGAUCAUUCUGCAGACGCACGACGGCCGGGGCUUUCUGAUGAACGAAAACGAAAUCAGUCGGAUCGAUCAGAUCCCACCCGAAAACCUGAUCUACAUGGCCGCCGACGACGGGUCGCUCAUCCAGGGCGAGGUGGUCCACGUCCAGCCGGAGGAACAGCACCAAACGACCGAAGAGUACAUGGAGUGUGAGGUCACCGAGGAGGUCAUCACGGACGACUGGGUGCAAACAGAUGGCCAGGAGUGCGUCCAGGUAACGGUCGAUCAGCUGGGAGCGACGGCCGUUGUAGGAGCAGAGGACGACAUGACGGUUCCGCUGCCCACCGACCAGGACGAAUACACGGCUUCGCGACCCUAUCCGUGCGAUUUCUGCAGCCGACGGUUUCGCAAAAAGGUCAACCUAAUGAACCACAUGGUGGCCCACUCGAACGAUCGGCCGCACAUGUGCAACCUGUGCGGAGCCCGCUACUUGCGACGCUGUGACCUGCUCAACCACCUGAAGCUGCACGCGUACGUUCCCGACGACAGCGAGGAACCGAUUCGGAGCGAUCCGGAGGACGAUUACCAGUACGACAUGGUGGAACAGCAACCUGGGCCCAUCAAGAGGCGGUCGCCUUCCGUGGACGACGAGCCGGGAAGCCUCCUGAUUCCGGCACCAGCCCCGUACAAACCACCCAAACCGGCUCGCGCCAAAGCACGACCGAAAGCUUCCCAAAGCAAAUCCCACAAGAAAUCAUCUACCUCUUCAGCGGCCCGUGCUCGCCAGGCUCCACCCCAAACGGAGUCCAAGUUCAACGCGUCAAUCGAACCGUUCGUCAACCUUCCGCCCCGGUACCCGGUGAUGGACGAUCGCAAGCCAUUCGUGUGUCAAAAGUGUGGAGUUUCGUUUGCGCGCGAAAAAGCUCUAGCGUCCCACUACCGAAUACACGGCGGCGAUUCUCAGUACGAGUGUGAAACGUGCGGCGAUCGGUUCUGGGAUCGUUCACUGCUGCAGGAUCACAUCCGGCAACGUCAUGCGGCCUCGUUGGUGGCAGUUGAACCACCUACGCUGGACAAUAGUGUCGUCGGUGGUGGCGGUACAACGAUAGUGGAGGAAGUGGCCGCGGAUGUUCACGAGGGAGAAUUAGUUCAGGAGUCAACGGACGAUGGCAAGUGGCACCCGUUUUGUGACAGCUGUGGGAUGGUGUUUCAACGCCAGGAACAACUGAAGCGACACAUCAAGCAAGCCCACGCAGUUGUCGAGCAGAAGCACGAGCCAAUCAGCCAGAUUGUCCGCCAGCGGCAGUUGAACCAGCAGAAGCGACUUGCCGAGCAGGACGAGGAAGACGAGAAAACGGAGGACUCCGACAGUGAAACCGACGACGGUGACGAGCAGUACGUGGACGACGCGGAAACUCAGUCGCUGUCGUGUAACGUUUGCGGGGAAAAGUUCGCAGAAGCGCUGGAUUUGCUUGCGCACGCGGAAAUUCACACCCGAUUUGAGCCGCACAAGUGCAACCUGUGCAAGCGAUCCUUCCUGGACGAAAUCACCAUCAAGGAGCACGUCCAGCAGUUUCACAGUCUCGAACUUACCGAAACGUCGUGCGUCGUGUGCGGGAAGCUCUGCAAGAGCCACAACGCACUGCUCAAACACGCCUGGGAACACUCGCGGGAACGGGCCAGCUACGGAACGCACUGCUGCUCCAAGUGUGGCAAAUCGUUUCACAACAAGGCACGUCUCAAGCGGCACAUGGUCUCACACCGGAACAAAACCGUGAGGUGCGAGGUCUGCUCGGAAGAGUUUCCCGACGGGCGCAGUCUCAUGAACCAUCGGCACUCGCACACCAAAUCGCGCCAGUUCCCGUGUCACGAGUGCGGCAAAACGUUCGGCUCGCGCUCGUCCCAGCAGAUCCAUCUGAGAAUUCACUCCGGCGAGCGACCUUACGGAUGCAGAUUCUGCUGGAAGGCAUUCGCCGACGGGGGGACGCUGCGGAAGCACGAACGUGUCCACACGGGCGAGAAGCCGUACGGAUGUUCCGUAUGUCCUCGUGCCUUCAACCAACGAGUUGUUCUACGAGAGCACAUCCGGUCGCAUCACUCGGCGCCCGAUCUCAAGCGGGGAACUCAGGCCGAGCCUUACUACUGUUCGGUAUGCACCGCCCUGUUUGCCACAUCCAUGGACCUCAUCCAGCACUUGAUUCAGCACAGUGACGCGAAUACGGCCAUGAAGCGCCAGCCGCCAACGUUCCCACGGAAGUACAAACGCCGGAAGAAGAUCAAGCAGGACGAGUUGGACAAAGCGGAGCACACUGGCAGCAGCAGGGGCAAGAAGAAGACGUCUGCCAACGAGACGUACGCCGAUAGUGAUGAUCAAGGCGGGGAGGACGAUGAAGAUUUGCUGAAGAACCCGGCCGAGAUUCUGCUCGAGUACGGCGCCGGCAACUCCAACAGGAAGCUGAUCGCUUCACCCAAGUUUAUCGACUCGUACGAACUGCUCGCCUCAACCGCUCGCGGCAAACCACCCGGGCUGGACGACAGCGGAAUCAACCUGUUGAGUAACGUGGUCCUGGUGAACAGCUCCGAGAGCAACAACGUAGAGAAAAAAUAUAAACCCAUCAAGACGGAAUCUCCGAAGCGGCGCCACGGAAAACAAACCUCACCAACGGCUGGCCCCGCCCAGUCCGGAUCGCGACCACGGAUGAUACACACGCAGAAAACACGCGUGGCAGCGACGGACGGGAAGCGCAAAACCAAAACCGUCAUAACCAAGGACAUCAAGAGUCAACCCCUCAACAGUUCCGCCGAGGCGUACCCGGCGUUGGAGUUCAAGCGAUCGCGCAAUCGUACGGUGCCGACGUACCGGGAAAUUCCCUCGGACAAGAUUUCCUCCGAAAGCUUCCCCCUGCUGGACGACGGCCAGGACGAAGACGAAGAUCCGCAAGAUCAGGCUGCGCUGGACGCCCUGUCGAAUAGCACCACCCAACGGAACCAGCAGGAGGUUCCUUCGUACGAAGAUUUACUCAACCAAAACCUGCUGAUGGAGAUUUCGCGCAAGGACCGCUACAUGGACAAGUUCAACAGCGACAUCGUCAACGACCUCGAGGAGAUUCUCCGCUCGCCGGUCAAGUCCUCCAACAGCCACGUGCCACCCGCGGACAUAAUGGCCACACCACGAGCCACUAGUCAAUACGACGACGACGCCGCCGCUAGUUCCUACAGCAAAUCAAGUCGCAAGUCGUCCCGCAAGCAACAGUUCAAAAAGACCAUCAAAGAUGCCUCUCUCACGACGGAACUGCGCAGCCAACGGCUCACCCGCCGCCAGCUGGAGCGCGAAGUCAACUUCCUGCGCGAAGCGUACAACCCGCAGGACUACUCCCAGGUCACCGUCAAGCAGGAAAAGGGCAGCCCGGACAAGCUGUCCGCUAUGCUGCUGAACGACAUUCAACCGGCGGCUUCGACGUACGUGCCGCCGCUGAUUAAUCCCAAGCUGGAAAGGGAAACUACACCGGAGCCGGAAUCUGAACCGGUGCUGCUGCUGCCACCGCCGCCGCCGCAGCUGUUCCAGUGUGAAAUGUGCUCGGCCGUGUUUCCAGAUCGUUCCCAGCUGUUGCUCCACGUGCCGAUACACAUUUGAGGGCGACACAGAAUAAGAAAACACGUUAAUUUGUUAUACUUUUUUGCAAUAGAAAAAAAAAGUUUCACCUUCUAAACUGGCUAGCGAUAAACGUUUGGAAUAAAGUUUAGUUAUGAUUAUUUUGUUGUAUUUUGAGUGCUCCGAACAAAAGGUUGUUUAGUAAUUAGGAGCGCUAAAUUGGAUUGAAAUGAAGAAACGUGUUUCCAGAAGAAUACAUUGUGUAUGUAUGUUACAAUUAAAGAAAUCAAUAAAAUUAUUAAUUUUCAAAAAA